UUGAUAUGACAAACGUUUAAAACAGAGUUUGAAUCAUCAUUAGAAAUAUGGAAUAUUUAUACAAAUUACAUGAGAAUAUGCAUUUACAUCGCUUGAUUAAAUCAUGAUGCUUUCACUUCUUUUCAUAAUUCAACCAUAGAAUUUCUUCACAACAAACUGGAAUAUUGAACAAAGAAAAAUGAUUACAAACUCAAAUUACCCGAAAAUUAUCGGUGAACGAUCUACCAGUGAACAACGUGGACCGAGUGUUAUGGCAAAACCUAUAAGACCUUUACCAUUUGCUUCACCUUGUCGAGCUGCUUCAGCAGAGAACAGACGUAUGCCAGUGCCAUGGGGUUUAAAUAACAGUCCGCAUGUCUUGAAUAAUUUAUCAAAACGUAAAAAUCAUCUAAGAUCCAGUCCUACAAGUUUAUCUUCAUCAUCAGCCCUGUCGAUUGAUGAACAAUCUGGUAGUGUAUAUAAUUUAAAAUCUUUUGAAAAAUUUGCUCACAUGGGUCAACCACACGUAGUCGCUUUGUAUAAUUUUGAAACUGGCGUAGAAGGUGAUUUAGAAUUUGAAGUUGGUGAUAUUAUUAUGCUGGAAGAUAUUGUCGAUGAAUCAUGGUAUAAAGGCAGAUCUAUAAAAACUGGUGCUGUUGGAAUAUUUCCUAUGAAUCAUGUAGAAGUGCGAAUCCCACUGACAACUGGUUUAUUUACAGACAAACAACCGAAGACCACGCUUGUACAUCCUGUUAAGCCGAGGCAUAUUUUAACAAGCAACAGGACGAAUUCUCAUCCAUCCUUUAGGAAGAAACCGAUACCACUGCCUAAAACAACAAAUCAGUCCGCACCUCCAUGCAAUUCCACUGAAUCGUUGAAUUCACAAAUAACUGAUUAUUCAUCAAAUCCUAACACUGCACAGUGUAAUAUGCCUUCAUCUGGAUCCGAUAUCUAUUCCAGUUCACCACAAGCUAAUUUACCGUCGAACAAUUUAAUAUCUAGUCGAACACAAAUGUUUUCUAAACCUGUUUUGCCUACACCUCCCCUUCCAUUGCCACCACAACAAUCAAAAAAUAGUCAUGUUCCAACUGUAAUAAAUUCACUGAAACCAAGAAGUCAAACAACAAUAUCACAAUUGGCUCAGUUACUACAAGAAAGGGGUAUAGUAUCUUAUCGUAGUCGAGGAAUGCCAUCUGGUGCAACACACUUAUAUCCAGGUUCACAUCCUCUAUUAGUUUCAUCUACUCCUUCGUCAAUAGAAAAUCAUAAAUUACCUACAGAAGUGAAUGAUGUCAAUGCCAGUGACAAUAAUGGCAAAGAUGAUAACAACGGGAACAGUAAUAACAAGGAUAUGAAUAAUGAUAACGAUAAGAAGAAGACGAUGAAUGAAAAGAGUAUCAAAGGUGGUGCAUAUCAUUCACCUCUUAUGGUUGAGACAGUUCUGAGUAAACUUCUUCCAGAAUUGAACAAGUCAUCAUGUGAUAGUAUCGAUUCAAAUGGUGUAGAUAAAACACCGCAUAACAAAUUCAACAUUAAUCUGAGAGCUAAAAGUACAAAGAGGUUAGACAGCGAAAGAAGGCAUACAGCAGAAGUUUCAUGUGUGGCUGAUACUACAGACUACAAUAACAAUAAUAAUAAUAAUAAUAACAAUAGCAUUUGUGCAACUGGCAUUACGAACAACAGUAACAGACGGAAAGUAUCAAGUUAUGUUAAAAAUUUAAGUGAAUCAUAUUUAUUUAACGGUGGUAAGCUCCACGAGAAGGAUAUUAAGUCUACAGUGGAUUCAACAUCACUUACAACUGAUGAUAAAGUCUUUAGUAAAACCAAUGGUGGAAAUGAUGAUGUCAAUAAAGAAAAGACUACUGAUGAAUCAUAUGAUAAUAUUAGUAAUUUUGGUGAUAGUACUUCCCAUCUUCGAAGUGUUUAUCAAGUAAUUAAACCACCGGAGAAAUUAGUCACUUCAAAGGCAUAUAUCAAGUUAUCGUCAGCAUCAACAAGGAAGUCAGCUAGUACUAAUCAACUUGGAUUAACAUCUAAAGAUCAACAGUCAGUGCAUAAUGAAUCGAAUUGUCAAAAUCAACCGAUGAGUAAUUCUGGUGGACAGAGUAAUGAUAACAAGGUAAUUUCAUUGAACAGUUGGUUAACAGUUAGGCGCAAACAACUGGGGAAUGAAUCAACUGGUGAACUUCGUCUAAAUGUUGGUGAUGUUUUAAGGUGUAUUGAUCUGGUUCCCGGUGAAAGGCAUAACAAUCACUCUACAAUUCCCUUAUCAUUGUCUUUAUCAUCAAGUGACAAGUGGAUAGAGUGUGAAAAUUGGUUUGGUGUCACCGGUUUGGUUAACACUUCUAAUGUUCAAGUAAUUGACAAUCCAAAUGAAUUAGCCGCAAUUAUGCAGCAUAGACCACAUGCACGAGUUUUGUAUGCAUUUGAAAAAGAAACAGCCGAUGAUUUAGCCUUAACGCCUGGUGAUAUUGUAUACCUGUUUGAGGCAAUUGAUGAAAAUUGGUAUAGAGGAGAGUCAGCAAGCAGUGGUAAUCGUGGAAUGUUUCCAGCAACAUUUGUUGAAGUUAUUAAACCACUGUGAAUUAAUUGAAGAUAGUCAGAUGCAUAGUCGUAUUAGCCACACAACAAAAAGACAAAACAAACAAUUUCUAAUAUUAUUCGCAAAUAAUAUUAGAUAAAUGUUGUUAUCUGUAAAAGGUUCAAUGUUUACACUUUAAAGUCUUUGCCAACUUUCCAAUGAAGUCUUCAGGAUGCAUUGUGAACCACAGUGAGUCGUCAUAAUACCUGCAUACUCCUAUCAGCCUUCAAAAAGGUGUCAAGUGAAUAGAGAAAAUUAUGACUACAAUAAUUCAACAACCAACUGUAUCAGACCAAUUGUUCUCUUAGCAUUCCCAAAAUAUUCUUUAUGUGAUUAGGAAUGGAUGGAUGGUGCAUUGUUUAUUUUUUAUUUCUUAGUGUAUUUGUACUUCUUUAUAAGCUGCUUUUAUAUGUCGGUAUACAAAUGUCGUCUUUAUCAGCGUAUAUGUAUAAUAUUCAUUAACG